AUGGGGUUCUAUGACAUUAAAGGAACACAUAGGCCACAUGCAUCGAAUACAGAAGACGAAUCAGUGUCAUUACUAUCUGGCUCUAGGCGACACAGUGAAACGUAUUUCAAUUAUCAGGCGACACCAGCUGCACAAAAAGUUUCAUCCAAAUAUGAUCCGACAAAUCCAAACAAGCACAAACUAGGCACUUAUGAUGGGGUCUUCGUGCCGACAGCUCUAAAUGUUUUAUCUAUUUUGAUGUUUCUCAGAUUUGGUUUCAUCCUUGGCCAAUUAGGAAUAAUUUGCACAAUGGGACUUCUGCUACUCAGUUAUAUCAUCAACUUAUUAACCACUCUCAGUAUUUCUGCUAUCUCUACAAACGGCACGGUGAGAGGGGGUGGUGCUUAUUACAUGAUUUCAAGAUGUUUAGGACCAGAAUUUGGUGGCUCCAUUGGAUUAGUGUUCUUUUUAGGGCAAGUAUUCAAUAGUGGCAUGAAUGCUAUUGGUAUAGUGGAGCCAAUACUGUAUAACUUGGGACAAAAUAUAUCUGGAGGACCUCAAGCUGCAUUAUUCCCUUUAUUGCCAAGAGGCGAAUGGUUUGAGUUCUUAUAUGCCACUACAAUUUUAUUUAUUUGCAUUGGAAUCGCACUUGUCGGUUCUCAGACAGUUUCAAAAGCUGGAAAUAUCCUUUUCUUCGUCCUUGUAGCAUCAAUUGCAUCCGUCCCAUUAUCUGUAUUAUUUCAAUCUCCUUUCGUGGAAAAAUCCAUCAUUUACACAGGCCCAUCGUGGGAAACUCUUCGGACUAAUUUAUACCCUCACUUUACCGAAGGUGCUGCAGGCUCUUUAUUGAAGUCUAAGGAAACCUUUAGCUCACUAUUCGGAGUUUUCUUCCCAGCAACAGCUGGUAUAUUCGCCGGUGCAGGUAUGUCAAGUGAACUACGUAAACCAUCAAAAUCCAUCCCCAAAGGAACUCUGUGGGGACUUCUAUUUACUUUUAUUUGUUACGCCAUCGUUGUCAUUUCUAUGAGUGUUUCAAUUCCAAGAGAUACCUUACAUAAAGAAGUACAAAUUAUUCAAUCUGUCAGCUUCAUUCAGUGCAUUAUUUUUUGCGGAGAAUUAGCUACGUCUUUAUUCUCCAUAAUUGUCGGUAUGGUAGGUGCCUCUUACGUCCUAGAGGCUAUUUCCAAAGAUGCUAUUUUACCAUCUCUGGACAUCUUUUGUAAGAAGCCCAUCAUUUCAUUGCUAUUUACGUGGUUUUUAACCCAACUAUGUUUAUUCUCAGAUGUCAAUAAGAUUGCAUCAUUCAUAACUAUGACCUUUCUUAUGACUUUCAUAGUGAUGAAUUUGGCAUGCUUUUUGUUAGAGAUUGCCGCAGCUCCAAAUUUCAGGCCGUCGUUCAGAUACUUUGACAGGUACACCGCUUUAUUUGGAGCAAUAACCUCAGUUAUUGCGAUGAUUAUUGUAGAUGGAAUUAUAGCAUCUGCCUUGAUGUUUGCAAUGAUUAUACUUUUUCUAAUUAUUCAUUAUUUUUGUCCACCCAAAUCGUGGGGCGAUGUUUCACAGAGCUUGAUUUAUCAUCAAGUAAGAAAAUACUUACUAAGAUUGAGACAGGAUAAUAUUAAAUAUUGGAGGCCUCAAAUUUUGCUUUUCGUUGAUAAUCCCAGAACAAGUUGGAACUUGAUUAAAUUUUGCAACCAUUUAAAAAAAGGUGGUCUAUAUAUACUGGGACAUGUCACUGUCUGCGAAAAUUUCCAAAGUCAAUUCUCUGAGUUAAAGAUCCAAAGGAACGCGUGGAUGGAAAUAAGAGAUCUAGCAAGUGUUAAGGCAUUUGUUCAAAUUGCAGCGGGCCCAACAUUGCUCUGGGGCAUAAGAAACGUAUUUCUUGGUUCAGGGUUGGGAGGAAUGAAGCCGAACAUUACCGUCAUUGGGUUUUAUGACCUAAAAUCAUACCGCCUAAAAGACCAACCAGUACUAAAUAAUUUAACGGCUUCAAGGAAUCCCAAGACUAACGAUGUCCAGAUUAAUAUCCCACAAGAGCAGCUAUCUUCAUUACCUACAGACUCAUGCAAAUAUGAACAAAAGAUUAGAGUAGAGCAAUGGGUGGAGAUUAUAGAAGAUCUAUCACUGAUGCAAUCUAAUAUUGCCAUUGGCCGUGGCUUUGCUUCACUAGUUUUACCAAGCAAAAAUACGAGAGGGCAGAAAAAAGGAAUCAUUGACUUAUAUCCGAUUCAAAUAUGUGGAACAAUGAACGGUUCACAAGAGUAUCCAUCUAUGGUGACGUCGAAUUUUGAUACUUAUACGUUAAUACUGCAGUUAGGUGCAAUUCUGGUCACCGUUCCUGACUGGAAACGUACUCACUCACUUCGGGUAAUAUUAUUUGUGGAGAGAGAAGUUGACAGGAGUGAUGAGGGCCAAAGAAUAACAAAACUUCUACAGGUAUUAAGAAUUGAAGCUGAAAUAAUGGUAGUCUCGCUAGAACAAUUUAGAGUUUACAAUGCAAUUGUGAAAGGUGAUCAGACCGCGAUGGAAUAUGUAAAUUCCAUGCUUAAAGACAAUGAAUGGUGGAGUGAUCUUAUAGAGGCAAGAAGAACGCUAGCUCCCAGGAGAAGAUUUUCUACAUCAAACCCCGUUCCUAUGAAUCCUCAACACAUGAAGAUACAAAAAUCUAAUACUACCAAACUCCAAAAAUUAGGCGCUUCUUUCAAAAUGAGCUCUAGUAUGCCAAAAGAAGGCUUAAGCACACCAGUAAUUAGUGAUGAUUCCGACGAAGAUACUGAACAAAGUACUUUGAAGGGUUCUCAAUUGUCAAUCCAGCAAAUUGCCAGAAAAUUAAAUCACAUAAGAUCGAAGAAGGAAGCUGAAGAAAGAAUUCAGGGUACAGUAAAAAUGGAUAAACAGUUCCACAGGGUCAAAUCGAAACAUAAUCUCAAGCCGGCAUUUUCUAGUCUUGCUUUGCCAAAUACUAAAGUUUUAGAAGAUGGUACAGGUGAUAAACCAACAUUGGUUCCUGUACUAGAUGAUCAAAUAAUAGAAAGUAGUACUGGCACAAGUUCAAGACGCAAAUCCGUACAACCCCAACUGUCUCCAUGCUGCUCGCAAGAAAGUUUAGUGGCUGCAAUGGAAAAACUGAAAUUUGAUGAUUUGCCCAGUCGCGCACAACACCUAAUUUUGAAUGAUAUGAUGACCCAGUUAUCGAAAAAUUCGAAAUUGAUAUUUUCAACGUUACCUGUCCCAGCAUUAGGCACCCAUAAAGACCCAGCUGCAAGUUUAGAUUAUGUGGAAGAUUUGGAUAUCUGGCUAGAAGGAUUACCACCCACUAUGCUAAUUAACUCACAGACGGUUACUGUCACGACAGCAUUAUAA